UUGGGAGUGUUGUGCUCCCGCUCCGCUGAAGUGGAUCUUCUUUGCCCACACUUCAUCAUGACAUCAUGGUCACCUGAUCCGAGCGCAGAGGAAAUCCUGCUGCUUUGGAGAGGAUGCUGGACAUUGCAGAGGAACGUAGCUCGUAGCGUCAUCGUCUUUUUUUCCUCCUCCUGGCUUCAAUGUUGUGAAACGGCUUUGUUUUGGAGAGGAUCCGCAAACUUCGGUAAAAAGAAGCAUAUACCUUUUUUGUGGCCAGUCUCAUUGUUACUGCUCAGUCUAAGAUAGAUUUUAGUGGAGUUUUAGAGAAGCGUUGGUGCGCGAAAGUGAGCAGAAAUUAAGAUACUAUUGGAUCCUUUAAUGUCUCUCACCUGUUGAGGCAGGUGAAAUCGGACCAGUUUGUUUAUUUGCUACUAUGACUUUGGAUACGGAUUUAAUGGACGACCUGGUCAUCGACGUGGUGGGAGAAGGGAGCAAGGAUUCGGCAGAAGAGAGCUGCUCUACUUCACCUCCAGCUGAAUUCGACUCUGCGAGUCAUUAUGAUGGCGAUGGAAAAGACAUAGCGUCUUCCAGAUGCCUUCCAGCUCAGAGCAAAGGCGCCUCGGUAAAGCCACCGUAUUCCUACAUCGCCCUGAUCACGAUGGCCAUCCUGCAGAGCCCAAAGAAGCGCUUGACUCUGAGCGAGAUCUGCGACUUCAUCAGUCACCGCUUCGCCUACUAUCGCGAGAAAUUCCCCGCAUGGCAGAACUCCAUUCGCCACAACCUGUCGCUCAAUGACUGCUUCGUGAAGAUGCCGCGGGAGCCCGGAAACCCGGGUAAGGGCAACUACUGGACCCUGGACCCGAACUCGGCGGACAUGUUCGAGAACGGCAGCUUCCUGCGGCGGAGGAAGCGUUUUAAGCGGCAGCACUUCCGUUUCGGUGUGUUGAAGGAUCACGCGUUGGAGCCCGCAGCGUUUCCCAACGUAUCGUACAGCGCAUACGGCCUGGGAGCGUCCUGUGUGCCUUUACCAACAAUGGACGUCUAUCCGUUUGGAUUCCGCCAUGCCAGUCAGGCGUCCUGUGUGCCAGUCGCUCCACCUGAGACCGUCCUUCCGGCGCUGUCCACCUUCUUUUCGCGGGGUUCACUGCAUUCCAAAGCUUUCCCUCCGAGCCAGGCGCUCACAGUGGAGUCAUUAAGAUCAGCUCCGCUUCCCUCCAGCUCCCCGUACGCGCCCUCCGUUCUUCUCCAUCCGAUCGCCUUCCCUCCGUUUCUAAGCCUGCAGUAUGAGUAUCAGAAACUGCAAAGCCUGACAGGCAGCUCGGAGGCGCCUAAUAAACACUCAUACCUGGGCAGUGUUGUUGAUUAGCACCAGUGCGGCUUCGUUUUUUUUUCUCAGGAAAUGGACACUGAACUUAUGACAUUUAUUCCCCAUUGAAUUUUACUGGGAGUUUUGGUUGUUGUUUUUGACGUUAAAGAAAGACUUAUUUCUGCGUAAAAUAUUUUUCUUGUGUUAAUUUCAUACUACAAAAUUGCGUUGAGUGAAAAAAAUAUAUAUUUAACUGACGAAUUUCC